AUGUCUGGCCUCAAUAAACCUACAGAUACAACCACAACCACUUCACAGAAGAAAAAGAAGGCACCGAAGUGCAUCUGGACAGAAAGCGACACCAAAAAAUUGGUUGAACUUGCUGAGGAGCAUGUUGGCCUGCUUGGAGAGGGUGGGGGGUAUAAGCCUCAGUUCUAUAACCUGGCUGAGGGCAUUCUGGCUCCUUAUCAACAAAAGGAGCCACCAAAACAGCCGACUCAAUCCGUAACAAAUGGUUCAGCAUUAGUAGUAGAACUAAAGAAGGAGCUUAGUUGCGUAGAUCAGUUGAUGAACGCUUCCGGGCUUGGAUUUGAUUCAACCUACAACCGGUUAGCUUUGGAUGGGUGGAGGUGGUAUGACUCGAUCACAGCUAUUCUACCAAGCCGGGCAAAAGGGACUCACAUUUUCCGUGCAUCUCAAGCACAAUUUGCAAAGAUCAGUUCAGCAAGUAAAGAUAGGAUGGAUGUGGAUGCUGGAGGCAAUGAUGGAGGGGAGGAUGGAGAGGAUGAGGAUGGAGAGGACGAAGGUGAUGAAGAGGGUGCAGAAAGAGAGGCAAUUGAAAGAGAGGCGGUUAUUAGCGCCAGAAAAGACAAGGCAAAGAGUGGGAGUGAAUCCGGCACCUUGUAUGUGUCAUCUAUCCACUCCAAACCUACUAGCGCAUCUGUCAGCAUCACGUCCUCCGGAAAACGCAAGUAUUCGGCUGUUGAUAGUACCUCUGUAAUCUCUGCCACCCCAAGCAAAGCCCCACGUUCUUCUGGCGCCGCUGCAAUUAAUGGUGUGAAGGAACAGAUGCAGAGGAUGGCGGAUAACAAGGAACAGCGCGAUACCAAGUGCAAUGACUUCAGGUACCGGUUUCUGAACAUUGUAGAGAGUGCUUUCACUGGCAGUGUAUCUGGUGGUGGAUCUUCAAACAUUGCUUUGUCUUUGUCUUCUCAACACGUUGAGCCUUUGAACACAAGGAGUCAGGCCAUUAGAAUGGCUGGGCAGAUCAAGACACGGCUCAAUGACGAGCAAAAAAUUGCAUUCAUUGAUAUGCUCCGUGCAGAUAAUGUGCUGAUAGGUGAUUACCUCAAUAUGGCCACACAGGACAAAAAUCCUCGCAUAAUGUGGGUGGAUAAGCUGUUGAAGGACUUUGCUGCGUUUCCGUCCAACUAG